GCCUCUGGUCCUCCACCCAGGCCUAAGACCCCGGAAAUCCUCAGGGCCCUCCAAGGGCAGCCACACCGUGUCCUGUAUGAGUUCAUCCCUGAGACCGCCGAGGAGCUGCAGGUCCUGCCAGGAAACAUUGUCUUUGUCCUGAAGAAAGAGAAGGACAACUGGGCUACAGUGAUGUUCAACGGAAAGAAAGGGAUCGUCCCCUGCAACUUCCUGGAGCCUGUGGAGCUCCAGAACAAGCUGUAUAUCCAGGAAGAAACCCCUCUGGAAGGAGAGAUCCCAGAGCCACCCAGCUCCACCAUCCCAGAGAAGCCACGGCGCCCAGCACCAGACUACGUUCCUGCUACUGCAACGCAGCUGAGAGACGCGGCAAAGGAGGCUGAAGCAGCCAUCACCAGUCCCCGCGUCCUCAAGGUGCAUUACAAGUACACGGUCGCCCUGCAGGUCAAACCAGGCCUCUCUUACCCAGAGCUUCUGGACCUGGUUUGCAAGAAACUGGAGCUCCAGCCUGAGCACACACAGCUGAGGUACAAACCUGCGGAGAGCGAAGCACUGGUGACUCUGAGCACGGGCAACCUGGAAGCAGCUUGGAGCAAGAGCAAGGACCAUUGUCUGACAGUCUGGUGUGACAUGACAGAGGGAGAGGGUUUUUUACUGGAUAACAAGCCAGAGGAGUCGCUGCAGGAGGCAACGCCGGAGGAGACAGGACCAACCCAAGUUGUAGCACAGUACAGUUAUGAAGCCACCCAACCUGAAGACCUGGAGUUUCAGGCAGGAGAUGUGAUACUUGUUUUAUCCAAAGUGAAUGAAGACUGGUUAGAAGGCCAGUGCAAUGGGAAGAUUGGCAUCUUCCCAUCUGCUUUUGUUCAGCAGUCUAACACUAAAGACCCAGAGAUGUGA